AUGUCGAAAGCAAUCUUCCUCACCAAAGUGGACGGCAAACCCGGUCAGGUCUACUACCCUCUCGCCGUGCAGACCCUCCCCAAGCCCACGCCCCAGGGCAACGAACUGCUCAUCAAGAUGACCGCCGCCGCUCUGAACCACCGCGAUGUUUUCUUGCGCCAACACCUCUAUCCCGGCAUCACCUUUGAUGUGCCAAUGGGCGCCGACGGGGUCGGCACCGUCGUCGCCACCGGGCCUGGCGUGACCAGCCCCGAAAAAUGGCAGGGCAAGCGCGUCAUCAUCAAUCCAGGCACAGGCUGGAACGACUCUCCCGACGGGCCCGAAGACCCCCGCGGCUACCGCAUCAUGGGCGGCACCAAGCUCUACACCAAGGGCACCAUGCAGGAGUACCUCACCAUCGACGCGUCCGAGGUCGAAGAGGCCCCCGAGCAUCUCUCCGACGCGGAAGCGGCCGCCCUGCCCCUGACUGGUCUCACAGGAUGGCGUGCCUUGAUAGUCAAGGCGGGUGAGCGCAACACGGGCCCCGGAGCGGCGGUCCUGCUCACCGGCAUUGGGGGCGGCGUGGCUCUCAUGGUCUUGCGGUUUGCGGUCGCGCGCGGCGCAGACGUCUAUGUGACCAGCUCGAAUGAGGAGAAGAUUCGCAAGGCGGUCGAGCUGGGCGCUAAAGGGGGUGUGAAUUACAAGGAGGACGGGUGGGAGAAGAAGCUCCUCGGCAUGUUGCCUGCCGGGAAGAAGUAUUUCGAUGCAAUUAUCGACGGCGCUGGGGGGGAUGCUGUCGAGAAGGCAGCCAAGAUUCUAAAGGCCGGUGGUAUCCUGUCGGUGUACGGCAUGACAGUCUCGCCCAAGAUGCCCUUCCUUAUGCAGGCCGUGUUGAAGAACAUCGAAGUCCGCGGGUCGACUAUGGGCUCACGCAAGGAGUUCGCCGAGAUGGUCCAGUUCGUCAAGGCCAACAAGAUCCAUCCGGUCAUCUCGCGCGUCCUCCAGACGGACCUUGGUGAUGUAGCCGGGCUCGAUGGCCUGUUCCAGGAUAUGAAGGAGGGCAAGCAGUUUGGGAAACUGGUGGUGGAGUUUGGCAAGUCGGGAAGCAAGCUCUAA